GCAACGGCGGAAGUGGAAGGGCCGCGGCCUGCCUCGGAGGGAGACCGGACGGGACCGGGAGGCGCCGCCGUUGCUACCGCCCAGCGCAGCCCCGCCGAGCCGCCAUGAGUGACCAGCAGCUGGAUUGUGCCUUGGAUUUGAUGAGGCGUCUGCCUCCGCAGCAGAUAGAGAAGAAUCUCAGUGACCUCAUUGACUUGGUUCCAAGCCUCUGUGAAGAUCUCCUCUCCUCUGUUGAUCAGCCAUUGAAGAUUGCACGAGAUAAGGUGGUAGGAAAAGACUAUCUAUUGUGUGACUACAACAGAGAUGGAGACUCAUAUAGAUCACCAUGGAGUAACAAAUACGAUCCUCCCCUGGAAGACGGUGCCAUGCCAUCUGCUCGCCUGCGCAAGCUGGAGGUGGAAGCCAACAAUGCCUUUGACCAGUACAGAGACUUGUAUUUUGAAGGUGGAGUCUCCUCUGUCUACCUCUGGGAUUUGGAUCAUGGUUUUGCUGGGGUGAUCCUCAUUAAGAAAGCUGGAGAUGGAUCAAAGAAGAUUAAGGGAUGCUGGGAUUCCAUCCACGUGGUGGAGGUUCAGGAGAAAUCCAGUGGUCGUACUGCUCAUUACAAGCUGACCUCCACAGUGAUGCUGUGGCUGCAGACUAAUAAAACUGGUUCUGGUACCAUGAACCUUGGAGGGAGCCUUACCAGACAGAUGGAGAAGGAUGAGACUGUGAGUGACUCCUCUCCACACAUAGCCAAUAUCGGACGCUUGGUAGAGGACAUGGAAAACAAAAUCAGAAGUACACUGAAUGAGAUUUAUUUUGGAAAAACAAAGGACAUCGUUAAUGGGCUGAGAUCUAUUGAUGCUAUCCCCGACAACCAAAAGUAUAAGCAGUUGCAGAGGGAGCUUUCUCAAGUGUUGACCCAGCGCCAGAUCUACAUCCAGCCUGAUAACUAAACCAAUCCAGGUCUGUGCAGACUUUUGCAGACAAAUCAAAACAAGAAGCUCUUAAAAACGACCUGGUGGAGGCUUUGAAGAGAAAGCAGCAAAGUUAAAAUACUCUUCAUGCUAAAAAGACAUGCCAUGCACUCAUUAGAUUCCUUUCUUAGAAAACUCAUCCCCCCCUUGCCCUUUUCUGUUACGUCACGUCACAAUUUGCAUUCAGUACUAUCCAUGCAACGCCAUCUUCUCCCCAUGAAUAAAGCUGUACAAACUUU